AUGUCAGAUCCAGUCGAGAACGACUACAACCUGCAGGAGGCGUGGGACAGGGCAUGCACAUCAUUCGCACAGACAGCGAAGGUUGACCUCACCACUGCGCCGAAGUUUACUGUCGAUCAAGUACUCGACCAGAUCCGAACAAAGCAGGAUGAAGAUGACGAGAAAAACAACAAGUAUAAGACGGCAAAGGAUGUGAUCGGCAAAACGUUGAACUUCGUUAUGGUCUUAGGUGGCAUAGCCGCCCAAGGUGCUAGUAUGGUAUUUGCACCGAGCAGUUUGUGCUUCAAUGCGAUUUCGUAUCUCAUUAGCACGGGAGCAAAGUACAAGCGCAUUUUCAGCAGUCUCUCCGAGUUGUUUCGGCGCAUUUCCGACGUGCUAGAACGCUGCAAGAUCUACAUGCGGCUUCCUGCUGACGCAGUUGACAUUUCACUGCGUAAGAUCAUCAAUGAGGAACUGGUGUGCUUUGUCGAUAUUUGUGCUUUGUCCAUCAAAGUGUUGAAGGGUCACAAAGUCUUUACAGCACUGAAGGUCUUUGCAUUUGACAGUGAUGAGGGAGUGAGUGGCCAGCUAGGUCGCCUGCAAACACUGGUGGAGCGCGAGUCUCAGAUGCGUGCAACUCUAGGAUUUGAGUCCCAGAAGACGAGCGAGAGAAAUAUCAUUGAAAACAAAGAAGGAACCAAAAAGAUCAAUACCACUGUGGACAAACUGCUCACUUUCGAGAAGAAGAAAGACGCAGACAAUGUUGUUAAAAGGCUAUUGAACAAUAUUGAUUCAAGCCUUGAUACCCCGAGUGAGACUUACAAGGCCUCACAAACAGUCUACAAGCGGCUCUUGAAUGACCAGGUUCAGGGAAGUGGAGCGUGGCUUCAGACGGAUCCUCAGUACACAUCAUGGGCGGGUCUUGAGGACGAAUCCUUUUCAAUACUUGGUAUUUCUGGCGGCGAAGGAUACGGCAAGUCGUUCCUUUUUGCGGCAAUAGUCCAACAUCUACAAGAGACUCCUUCACAUGUCACCAAUGAUCUCAAGUGUAUCUCUACUGCCUACCACAUUUUCGAGCAGGAGAAGGGCGAUGCCUCCUUAAUCAAGGCCCUCAAGGUUCUCGCAUGGCAGAUCGCUAAUACAGAUGUUGUUUAUCGCAAAGAUUUAAGCUCUUCGAAAUUCGGCAGCGUCAACCAGAUAGAUGACGUUUGGGAAGCGCUUUAUGCGAAAUCUUACAAAUGCGACUCAACUUUCUUCCUUCUGCUUGAUGGCGUUGACCAGAUGAGCAAGAACCAUCUCAAGGACUUCACACAGCUUUUAUCAGGAUUGAAAACUAUAUCUCAGACUUGGCCACGUUUUAAGCUUCGCAUCCUUCUCUCUGGACGUGACAAAACGAUGAGCAAAAUCAAAACUCAGAUUGGAGAAGGAAUAUCUAUCAUCGAUGUGGCUUCGAAAAACAGCGACGACAUGCAGAAGUUUGUCAUUGAUCGCAUGAACAAGAUGGAGAUUUUGGGCGGUUCAUCAGACCAAGUCCUUUCAUUGCGACGCGAGAUCUUGCAAGCCCUCACAACGCAGACACAUGGUGAUUUCGUCAACGUCGGCCUUAUGCUACAUGAGAUCAGUGGCAAACAACGUCCAGGUGAAAUCCGAGAUAUUCUGUCACGUUCAGGAGGCAACCGAUCCGACACAAUUGUGAGAAAGAUGGAACUAUUGAAUGAGACACUCAGCGAUGAAGAUAUCUCUGAUCUCAACGAUCUUCUUACCUGGGUAGUGUUUGCUUCGCGGCCACUCACUCUGGAAGAAUUGGAAGCAGUUCUCUUCCUCAAGACCCGCGAGGCCUCUCUUCGUCCAUUGGCAGAGAAGAUCAGCGAUCAAUAUUCGUCACUGUUCAAGGUCUUGGGUGAUCCGAACCCCACAACUAAGAUAAUCCCGCCCACAUCGAGAGUUUUGCUAGUCUCUGACUCCAUAGAAGAGUUCUUGCGGACUACGCCUGAAAACGAAGCUGCUGAAAACGAGAAGGACGCGAUAAAUAGAGGUGAUGUCAACGAGGUUGAAGUCAGAAUCGUGAAGAGAUUUCUUGAGUCAGUGUGUGACCCGAAACUGUUCAACAAAUUCGGAUUCGAAGAUUUCUUCCAAAGGAAGCUGAAGGGAAAGACUGCUAGGGUAGGAGUCGAUGUUGAAAGCGCACACCUCAAGAUCGUCACAUCUUGCCUGGAUGUCCUUUGUUCUGAGCAAUCGCCCGGUCUCACUCCCUUGCUUGAUUAUGCAAUGAACUUUCUCCCUGUGCAUCUACAGAGCGCAGAUCCAUCAUUGACACAGCCUCAACAGAAGAGUGCUCUUGGGCCUCAACUUGUGAGCCUGUUUUACGAUGAAGAAAUUAUCCAACGAUGGUGGAUAGCAGAGAAUCCAUGGUCAAGGCACGAUUGGAUCUACAGCGACGAUUAUGCUGACGUUGCGCUGAAAUGGCUGCGGGACUCGGCUGUUACUAGAAACAUCUCUGUGGAACAGACCAAGUGGGUGAAGAGUCUGAGUUCGAAGUCGGAACCCGAUGCAGAUAUCAUCGAGCACAUCGGUCGGUUUUUGGCACGCAAUUGGCUUCAAACCAGUGUGUUGGGCAUCACAGAGGCUUUCGCAGCAUUCAAUGGAUAUGCCACAAAGAUUGAGAAUCGCAAGAAUCCGACGCUUUUGAGAUCUACCAGUGACCCAAGCCUAGGUGAUAUCAGUGCCUCCCAGAUCUUGGACACAGCAGAGUACGCUCGAAAGCAUAUUGGACUCGAAAAUUUGGGUUACGAGGAGACGCGAAAUCUAGCGCGUACCCUUCGAGAGUAUCACCAGUACCCCGAGGCGAUCGAAAAGUUCAAGCUAGCUUCCUCACUCGACGCAUACAACUGGUUCUCGGAAUGGGGCUUGGCAACCUGUUAUGCAUACAAGAAGGAUUAUACACUCGCAAUUGAGAUAGUGGAAGAAGCUAAGAAGGUCAUCAGGGCUGGAAACAACGAAGAAGACCAUGCAACCAUCCCGGACUUGGAUUGUGACCUCGCUGAAUGGAAUGGAAAUGCCGGGAAUAUUGAUCAAGCUGUUGCGAUAUACGAAUCCCUCCUUCACGCUAAUCCCGAUGACUACAAUACAGCACUUGCCCUGAUGCUCCUGUUCCACAAUGAAAAGAAUCGUGAGGGUCUACUUCGUUUCUUAGACUCUCUCAAGGAGUCUAUCGAUGAAACAACCGGCCUAGAUCGGCGGACGCAAGCAUUCCACGCCCACUACGGUAGUGCAGAAUACCACGCAACAAUUUUUGCCGUUGGCUCAGAAGCCGACGCCUUUAAUUUCAUCUUCGAGAGCUACGAGACUGCCAUAAACGCGGCUAAGGCACGACUCGUGGAGGCAAGGAAGACAGGUGACACCGGAGAAGAAGAGUUCAGCCGUGCAUGCCAAGCAAUGCUCAUGCAUCAUCUUGCAAACCUUUGUUAUGAGAAUAGUACCGAAAAGCCCGAGCGCAAGGAGCUCGCAAUCGAUCAGUGGGUGCAGAUCUUACAGAUGGACGAUUCGGCUGGUGACUACACGCUCACCAGCAUCAAGCCAUAUGUCCGCUCCAAGCUUGCCAGUGUGUGUUUCAUUGAAGCGCGCCGUGACAUAGAAACAUCGGGAAAGUACGUCGAGCAACUGGAGCAGCUUGUUGCGUUGAAAAGUGCUAGUGUGGCCGCUGACUGGUGUUAUUCGACGUAUCCGACGCGUUUGUUGGCGCGGCACUACGCGAUACAAGGAGAGAAGGAAAAAUUCAAAGAUGCUCUACGCACAUAUGUCAAAGAUCAUCUUGAAAUUCUCGUCGAUGAGGAUCCCCUCAAUGACUGGCAAGGAUACGCGGGGCUCUCAACUUAUUUGAUGUACGUGGGCGAGGAUGACGACUGUCUUGCGGCCUGGUCACUGAUUGUCCCGACGCCCGACACCGAUUUGAAUAGAGAGUCCCCAGAAGAUAAGUCAUCGGAAGAACUCAGGGGACCCUUGUAUAUUGUGUGUGAUGGAAAAUGCGGAACCAAGUGGUCAUUUUCCAACGAUAUUUACGCUUGCAGACAAUGCGAUGACAUCCAACUUGACCUGGCUUGCUUGAAUAAGCUGAGAGACGGAACUUUGGAAGUCAAUGGCUGUGGAAAAGACCAUGAGAUGAUCCACGUCCCAGCCUAUGAUGCGGCUGAGUUAGAGGAAAUCGGCGAUGGGAAUGUCAAGGUCGGAGAGCAAAUAAUGUCAGUUGAGGAUUGGAUCCAGAGGCUUAAAGAAAACUGGGGAAUCAAAUUGAGCUAG